AACAAUACCUUUUCCUUCGUCCUCUGAUACCAUGUGUCAAUUCAUAUUUGAAACCAAAUUUUCUUCAACAAAUUUCACCUUUCUAGUUGAAUAGUUCUUCCCUUAUACCCGCUAACAAUUCCCACAAUUAUCGACUUUUGUCUGGUACAAAAGCUGCUUUUAAGUGAUUCAAUAAAUCAAAAUAGAUUGAACCUUUCGAUCUUUAGAUUUGUUAUUACUAUUCACUUCUCUAUGGCUACUCUUCUACGUAAGUUGAAUUUGUGUACUUCAACCAAGGUAAGAAUUUUGGUAGAUGAAGUUAGAAACAAGGUUUUAUUUCUCCAAGCAGGGAAAGACUUUGUUGAUGUGUUACUAAGCUUCUUAACAUUGCCAUUAGGCACCAUUGCAAGGCUUGUGAGCCAAGAAUCUAACAUGGAGAAUGUUAAUGUUGGAAGCAUAAACUUUUUAUAUGAAAGUGUGGCCAAUCUUGACAAAGGGAAAUUCUUAUCGGCUUUGGAAAAAGAACUACUGGUUCGACCUAUUAACUCAAUGCAACAGUAUUGCCGGUUUCUAAAACUCAACGUUGACGACACGGAAAAGUCGAGGUCUUUUAAUUGUCGUCGCAGACAGUGCCCGGGUGUAGGCGGGAGUCGAAAUUGCAGGUGUUUUAUAGAUAAGAGAGAUGCGUUAUGCAGUGUACUUUCAACUCCAAAAAAAGGUUUUGUUCCGAAAACAGCAACUUUUAUUAUUUCAGAUGAUUUGAGAGUGAAGCCUGAUAAUUCUCAAAGUCAGAUUUCUAUAGCUAAGUAUCUUGGAUGCGAAGAUGUAGAUACCAUCAAGAUAUUAACAGUCAAUGUCACUCGCAAAGAGAUAAUGGAUCUGGUGAAGUGCUCCUUGGUGUCUGCGACACCUUUAACAGAUGUAUUUGUGUCGAAGAAGCUGUUUUGUGAGAAUCCAAGACCCGUCAAUGUAUUGGAUUUAGAUGAUUAUAGAAAUGGAGCACUGCUUGUAAGGAACAUAAUAGAAGUAAAGACAAUGGUAAGAAAAUCCAAUAACAAAAUAUUGUAUGCUUUGGGGGAAGAGGAUUUCGCUGACUUGUUACUGAUGUUCUUGACAUUACCUUUGGGAGGAGUUGAGAACAUGUUAAAUGGAAACUCGGGUUUUGACAACAUCGAUAAUUUAUUCAAGAGUAUGCUUGAUUUGGAUCCUGAAAGGUAUAUGAAAUCCAGACAAGAUAUGGUCUCUACGCAACACAAAUUUAACUUUGAUGCGAAAAAAAUCAUGAAGAGUCCUUCCAUGUAUAUGGUAACAGAUGACUUAGUCGUCACGCCAGGUUCUUCAACCUUGGCCAUCUCGUUUCUCUCUGAUAUGAAAAUUCCUUUCUUUGAUUUGGAAGAAAGACUGAUUAGAAUUGGCAAUAAAGAGGCUCAUAGUCUUUUGAAAGCUUCUUUGAUCUCACCAACAGCUCUCACUCAUGGUCUUGGUCCAUUUCUUGCAACCAAAUAAAUCAAAAUCAUUGAGAUAAGGAUCAUUAUGCGUUUCGCAGAUUUGAUAUCAACGAUGCUGCAAUAAUUAGCUUUUUAGUAACUUAUUAAGAAAAAUACAUUGUUCCCCAAUAGAAAAAAUUAUAGUCGUAUUUUGUUUCAAAUCUAGUCAGUUCUUAUAGAUCUGCAUUUAUUUUAGAUUUGCUUCUUCAUUUUUUGUAGAUCAACACUUAUGUUAUCAAUUGAUAUCGGUUU